UACAAUCUCAUAAGAAGAAGAAGACUAAGGAAAGCUAAAAAACAUGAAGACCUUCCUCUGUAUAUGUCUCAUUACUUACCUGACCAGUGCUCUGAGUAUAUGCAGUGCUAAUGACUGGCCAAUCUCUCUUGACAUGGCUUGUAAUAAAGCUCUUUCUGUAGUUGCUUGUACUUUCGAGUUCACCAACAAUGCAAACGAGGAUCUUUAUCUCUUGAAACAUGGUACACCUCUUGAAGGACUUGUCUCUCAAUUUCUCACUGUCUCUGUUGCUGAUAGUCCUGUCGAAUAUGAUGGACCAUUCAUUCAUCGUCUUCCUCCUACAAAGGAUGAGUUUGUUCUCUUGAAGGCAGGUGAAAGCAUUUCUGCCUCAGUCCAAAUCACUGAUGCCUUUAGCAUUGAUACUGAUGGUAUCUACACUGUACAGUACAGUAGACCUUUACAGUAUCUGUCAGUGAAUGAGAUGAGUGAGUUGUCUAAUGGCCUAAUACGGGAAUCAACAGUACAGGAAUCUAUUCACAUCUAUUUGGAGGACACUCAUGUUCUCUUAAAACCAAGGAGGCCAGACGAAACAGAUAAAGUUGACUACACUGUUAACAUUGAAUCCUGCAGCAGUGCUAGCUUUACUGGUGGUACUGCAGCUAACAACAAAGGAACACUUGAUGCUCACAAGCAGCUCUGCAGUGGGAUCGAUAGAGUAAAUAUUACCAAUAAUGAUCUGUAUAAGAAAUGGUUUGGAGCUUUCACAGCAGCAAGAGAAAAAAAAGUAAAGGCUGUCUAUAAGAAAAUGAGGGAUGGAUUGGCAGGUAACACAGUUACUUAUGUGAAUGGUGGCCCACACUGCAAGCCUAAUACGUAUGGCUACACCUAUCAUAAUGUUAAAAAGGUGCAUAUAUGCCCUGCUUUUUAUACAUUUCCUGUUUCUUGUGGAAGCCCUGGUACUUACACCAAGGAGUUUGGAUUGAUUCAUGAAUGGAGUCAUGCUUUUGGUCUUACAGUUGAUAAUGUAUAUGGCUCCUCUCAAAGUCAAAACUUAGCUAAAACCAAUCCUGAUAAAGCAGUUGCAAAUGCUGAUAACUAUGGAUGGCAUUACUGCGAAUGGCAGUAACUGGAUCAGGCCGUUCAGCAAAGCCAAGAACAUAACAUUAGGACUCGUGCAACACUAUAGGACAUACA